AUGGACAAGACUUCAACAACGCCGCCGGUAAAUGAAACUGAUCUGCUACACAUUCCUCCCGUUCCUCCUCCUCCCCCGCCAUUGCUGACUGAGGAUCAAUAUGGCGACCCAUACGAGCUUCCGCGCGAAAUCUCGGAGAGCAUUCGCCCUCUUCUUGUCAUUAGCGGACGUGCUACUUCUUCAGAGAUUCUCCCAAUCUUGGAGCGAAUCCAUCCAUUAUUGGUAGCCUAUGUAGAAGAAAUCAAGAAUAGGAAGCAGCGAGACAACCGUAUGGGCGUCCUGUUACGCCAAACAUGCUAUUAUUUUGCUUCUCAGCUCCCUCUCCGCCACCAUAAUAUGAAGGAGUGGAGUAUUUGGGUUCCCGCAGCCGAUGACUACGACUCGUUAGGCCCAGAAAAGGCCAUCGGAGAAACAGAGCUAUUUGAUAGCACGCAUCGUUACAAACGUCGCGAGGCACAGUACCUCAGCUACAAGACCGAGUGGCUCAAACUGAAUGAUGCAUACAAAAACGCAGUUGAGAAACGUGACAAGGCCAUAGCUGCUCGUGAGAAGGUGGAACGCGAUAGACUCGCCGCAGAAUUGGAAGCCAAAAAAAAACUCGAGAAGGAAAGGAAGCAGUCUGCAGGCGACCCACAGUUCAAAUUCGAUUCGAAGUCUACGCCCGCCAAAAACAAUCGGAAAGUUAGGCAAUUCAAGGUCCAGACACCAGAAAGCAUACAUCACCAGCUCACUUUGAAGAGACCUUCUCAAUUUCACGACGAUGAGCGAUCAUCGAAGGUUCCUCGUCUUGACGCACAAAAUCCGAAGCCGAUCCUACUCCCACAGGCGAAUGACGAAUCAUUUUCCAGCGUAACCUCCUUUGACCCAAACUUGCUUUCCCGUAUCAUGGAUCUGGGAUGUCCGGAUUCCCGUGGCAGACAAGCCGUCGCUGUUCAGGUAGCACAGAUCCAACACUGCGAGUCCGUAGUAUUCGACCUAUCUCAGAUCGUUUCUUCUGAAGUUAGAAGCAUGGAGAUACUCAUUUCGAACUUAUUGAGUAGCCUAAUUUCCAUCCGGCGCGACGGACCAAAGGCUGAUAUGAUUCCGGUAUUGACGAGGAUUGCAAACGACCAUCCUCUUCUUCGUCGCUGGAUUGGAGCAGGUUUGCUUGAUUUUGAGGAACCCGACCUAGCCCUUGAGUACACUAGUCCUCCGGCAACCGAUCAUGAUCAGACAUCUUCAGCGCUGAGUUCAGACCAAUCGGCGGAGCAUAGUCCAGAUCGAGAAGUGGGUUCGAACAUAUAUAUAGUUGAUCAUGAUGAUAAAGUGUUGAAAUCACAGUAG